CAGCCGAAGCAGUAGCAGCAACUGCAGUAGUAGCAGCACAACAAGAAGCGACGAACCCGCAAACAAACCGUGAGUAAAAUGGCAAACACUAAAGAGAAAAUUACCAAAUUUGAGGAGGAAGUAGGGAGUGAUGUGUGCGAAAUGAGAAAGGAAAUAGAGAGGUUGAAAAGGGAAUAUAAGGACUUAUCCGAAAAACAUGAGGAAACGAAACGCGAAUCGCAAGAAAAACAAACCAAAUUAGUCACACAAUUAGCGGAAAAAGAGGCAGAAUCUAAGAAAUUGCGCAAGGAAAAGGGACAGAAACGUGAAUUGCAAGAUGGAAGUGCUACAGUCGCAAGCGCAUCGACAAGCAACUCAAGCCCUGCUUCCGAAUUGCUCAUAAAGGGAUUGGUCGAUGCUUUAAACGAGCGGUCUAAAAGAGAUUCCUUAAUGGAGCUUCCUGAAUUUAAUGGUGAUUUUAAAAAGUGGAACCAUUUCAAAUCAGUGUUUUAUAAAACAAGUGAAGAGGCUAAAUUUUCAGAUUUGGAAAAUCUAAAUCGUCUGCAAAAGGCUCUAAAGGGAGAUGCCCUGGAAUGCGUGAGUGGUUUGAUGCUCGAUGCGCAAAACAUCGAAGGAAUUUUACAGCGAUUAGAGAAGGAAUUUGGUACGCCUGAUUUGAUAUACAGUGCGUUAUUAAAAGAAUUGCUAGCAGUAGAGAACCCAACGAUGCAGAAGCCGAAAAGUUUUAUAACGUUUAUGCAUGCGUUAAACAACCUGGUCAUAAACAUGAACACUAUAGGAGAGCCAGAAUAUUUAAACGACCAACGUCUUUUAAAGGACUUGGAAAAUAAGAUUCCCACUAAUUUAAAACACAAGUGGUACAAUCAUAUCUUGGCAGACAACGAGAAUUAUGGUAGAAGCAAGCUUAGGACUCUCGAGGAUUUUGCUAAGUGGCUUAAGCCCACCGAAAAUUUAGCUAUUAUGCUAACAGCGGAUGUUGCUAAUGAUGUUGUGAAUUCACAAUCGCAUCAGCACAACCAACAGUUAGGUCAUAGGAAUUUUCGUGCUCAACCGCGACAACAGUUCCAAGCGAAUAUACAAUCGCAACCAAGGCGUAGAAUGGGUUGCUUGAUUUGUGGCCAAAAUCAUAGGACGACAGAAUGUUUUCAAUUUCAAAACAUGUCGGUCGAACGAAGAUGGGAAACGGUUAGGCGGUUGCGCAUUUGCACAAACUGUUGCAACCAGUCGAAUCAUGACGCCCAAAAUUGUUUUCUGCCACCACAAUGUCGGCAAUACGGAUGUAGAGCGAGACACCAUACCCUACUACAUAGAGCAACUCCUACUGGCUUAAGACAGGUUGAGAACGUUAAUAUUCACCACGGUACUGAUUUGCCUGAGUUAUAUUUUCCAAUCAUCCCAGUAACGCUUCGUCAUAAUAAUAGGGAGGUCGACACAUUCGCGUUCAUGGAUACGGGUUCAUCUGCGAGUUUAAUACAUCGAGAGCUCAAAGAAGAGUUGCAGGUAAAUGGAUCUCCACGACCAUUUUCGCUAGCUUGGACUAACGGAUCAAUACAAGAUGAGCCGGAAAGUCAAACCAUCUCGAUCUCGGUUAAGGAUCAGGAUGGGAGAUUUAUAAGCCUUGAUGGAUUAAGGACAGUAGAAUCUAUGGUGCUGCCAAAACAAACAGUUAACGGAAUGGAACUUAGAAGAAAAUAUCGCCAUUUGAGAGGCAUCGAUUUACAAAGCUAUCGUGAUGGAGCUCCGAAGCUAAUUAUCGGAUUACCACAUGCGCAUCUAAUAUGCGCAUUGCAAACCAGAACUGGGCAAGCAGGCGGACCGAUAGCAAUUCAAACCCACUUGGGAUGGGUAUUGUUAGGAACAAAUUAUCUUAAUAGCAAGCAACCAAAACUCUUUUCUCUAAUCGAAGCAAAAAAUGCUAACAAGGAUAUAGCGAGCACGAUGAGAAAUCACGUCCCAAAGGAAGAUUUCGGUGUUAAAUUGAAUUAUAAGAUACCGCAGCCCAAGGACGAAAAGAGGGUGGAAAUAGAAAAAACUAUAAGGAAAACAGAAACUGUUCACGAGAUAGGGAAAACGGAAGUCGUCAGUAUACCAGAAGAAUGUGGUCAGUCUUUGAGGCGACUACAAAGCCUGGAAAGAAAAUUGACACGAGAUGGAACGUCAGAAAAAUUACACCGUAAGGAAACAGACGCAUACGGCAAAAAAGAUUGCGCGCGUGAAAACGAUCGAAGUGAGACAAUAAGAGAUAAGUUUAGUCCCAAGGCUAAUUAUGUACCAAACUUUGCUAUAGUAAAGUACAACAAACCUAUACGUAAACCAAGACUGGUCUUUGACACAGGUACAAGAAGUAAACAGCGUUCUCUCGCUAUUUAAUGAAACCUAUAUGCAAUUCAUGAUAAAUAAUAUGUCCUGCGGACCACGAAAACGAUGAGCCUCUCACACCAAACCACUUUCUAAUAGGCUGUUCUGGAGAAGCAGAACCAACUCAGUGUGAGAUUUCGGAAGCUGAAGCUUUAAAGACACAUUGGAAGAAAUCCCAAUGGGUUGCACAAAAAUACUGGUCUAGGUGGAUAAAAGAAUUUCUACCUCGAUUGGUAACGCGAGAGAAAUGGUUAAAACCAGUGAAAGAAUUGCGCAUAGGCAACAUAGUAGCAUUUCCAGAUGAGCAGACUCGCGGAAGGUGGCGUAAGGGGAUAAUUACGCAAGUGCAAGAAGGAAAGGAUAAACAGGUUCGAUCCGUAACGAUAAGAGUAGGAAGUUUAUUUAUUAGAAGACCAGCGGUAAAGGUCGCACGGUUGGAGGUUCGCGCCGAAGAAGAAAUAGGUAGGACAUAAUUCCGUCAGCUUAUUAUUGUUUGUAACACCUCUACGAGGAAUUACGGGGGAGAGGAUGUCGCUGACGGAAAUUAUGUCCUUUUUAGGAACCGCUGUCCGCGCUCAAAAAAGGUCCCUAGCUUAGGAGAAUAGUAGCAGGAGAGCGGACUUAGCCGCUCUCAACGUAAAAAUAAGCUAGGAGACUAAGCUUACCUCUCUCGCAUCGCUUCACCGUGAAGCGAUGAGUGAGAGGGAAGUUAAGCGUCUCUGUCUGUCUCGCUUGCUCCUGCAGGCGCAGACAGAUAAUGCAAGGACAAUGCGGGGAUCGGCGCGAAAAAUCCUCCCCAAAAUUAUUAAAUUUAUUAGGCAAAUAAGGAAAUAAUUGAGGAAAUAGCUACAGGAAAUUAGAGGAAAUUACAGGAAUUACAGGAAAUUAGGAAAUUGUUACAGGAAUUAAUAAUAUAAAUAAGAAGUAGGGCGAAAGGAUAAAGGGUGAAUAAAGGGUUGAGAAACGCGAGGAAAACAUGGUUAUGCGUCGCCGUCAAGGAAAUGUAUCGCUUAUGUAUCGCUAAGGCAGCAUGUACGAAAAAAGGGGGCUACGGGGAGGUAGCCCUAAAUAAACAAGCUUUCUCACAACCGGAACAAAAAGCCUUUUUAUUUCGGUUGGCCGCGGAUAAAUUAGUUUAGUUUCUACCUUCUCUCACCCUCGGUCGGAGUUUGAUACUCCGGUCCGAGAGCUCAACACGGGUUUAUC